AUGAACAGUCUGGAAGGAGCACGAGUAGCUCUGUUGGCAUGUGGUUGUUAUAACCCGCCAACAAUUAUGCACCUUAGGAUGUUCGAGAGCGCUCGUGAUUUCUUGGAAGUUCGCUAUGGAUGCGAGGUGGUUGAAGGAAUUUUAAGUCCAGUUGCUGAUUAUUUUGGCAAACCUGACUUGUUGCCUGCAACACACAGGUAUAAGAUGUCAGAAUUAGCAGUGAAGAGUUCAACGUGGAUUCGAGCUGACCAAUGGGAGUGCACUCAAAAGCAGUGGACCAGAACACUUUUAGUUUUGAUACACUUUAAGCAGAUGUUAGAUCGGAAAUAUAAUGAUAAACGGUUGCGUUUGAUGUUGUUAUGCGGUGGUGACGUUGUGGAUUCAUUCAAGCGAAUAACACCUUCGGGAGAUUAUCUUUGGGAUCCCUCAGAUAUUGGUGCAAUUAUACGAGAUUUCGGUUUGGUAGUACUGGCAAGACAAAAUGCAGAACCAAUGAAAACUUUGAGUCAACUUGGCUAUAAUGGUCAAUCAUUAGCGAAUGUGUUUAUUUUUGAAGAUACAGCUUUACCUAAUGAUAUAAGCUCUACACGUUUACGGGCUGCGGUUCGACGUGGUGAAUCGAUAAAAUAUUGUACGAUGGAUUCGGUAGUGGAUUACAUUAGAAAACACCAACUUUAUCGUAUUAAGAAUAAUCAAGUUACAAACUGUUCUUAG